AGUAUUAAGAUAUUGACCUAUAAAAAAAAAAUAAAAGAGAAAAAGGGGUUAAGUAAGGAGGCAAACCGCAAAACAUCCCUAAGUAGUCGCUACUCCGAGCUUUGGCGAAAAUCUACGGUGAGAAACUGCGACUUUCUUCAUAAGCGAAAUUUUGCGACACCGCCGCCGCCCCCCGCCUACCUCCGGCGGCUCCUCUCGUUUUUACAAUCCCCGAAUAAAUUUACAUUAUACUCUUGAAAAUAAUGUUUUUCUUGAGCGAAAUAGAGCACACUCUGAGAUUGCCCCCAUAUCUCCUGAAUCGGCCUCUCAACGAAGCCAUUAAAGGAGAGCUCGACUCUCUCUUCUUAGACAAGGUUAUUGAAAAAUUAGGCCUGUGCGUCAGCGUGUACGAUAUUCGAUCCAUCGACGGUGGAUUUAUAUUUCCUGGUGAUGGAGCUUCCACUUAUACGGUUAGGUUCAGACUCGUAAUGUUUCGCCCGUUUGUAGGAGAAGUUAUAUCAGCUCGACUGAAAGAAUCCUCCAAAGAUGGUUUGCGCCUAUCACUUGGAUUCUUUGACGACAUCUAUGUACCUGUCCCUUUGUUGGCCAGUCCCAAUCACUCAGAACCUGACCCAGAACAUAAGAACGGAAUCAGGUGGGUCUGGGAGUAUGAGGGGGAAAAUUACCCUAUAGACGGGACAGAUGAGAUUAGGUUCCGAGUUCACAAUGUAAGUUAUCCACCUGUACCAUUGGAGCAAGGAAAGGAUUCAGAUGAAAAGGAAUCAGAGCAAAAAGAUUCAAAGCCGUUUGCCCCUAUGGUGGUAACUGGGUCUCUUGAUGCUGAUGGUUUAGGCCCCAUUUCAUGGUGGGUAUAAUAGGAACGUGCCGAUAAUCUUCUUUAGACAAAUCUCUCAACCAGGCAGACUCAGGAAGCUAGUAACUCACAGAAUUUUGUCGAAGCACAAAGUAGAUCAGAGAUGUGUGUAUCAUCUUUAUGAUAGAAAGACACAGUUAUGGGUACUUUGUAUCCACAAAACUGCCUGUACAGUUACGGAGGCUCUACAUUCAUGAAAAUUUGUCCAUACACAAGAAUGGUAGUGACAUUGAUCAAUUGUGGAGGACCAUCUUCCACCAUUGGUUUCUCCACAAAUUCUCCUUCAUCCUACUUAUCCUCUUCUUUUCUUCUGAAAAAAGUACCUUAGUUACUAAGGGAGAUGAUCUAACAGAACAAGUACAUUACUAACUGCUCUUUUGUAGUUUUAUAGGACAUUGAUGGUCCAGGUUGGAAUUGAGCCAUGCAAGUAUACCCCAUACU